UUAAGUUUAACACAUUUGUUGGGAGCAUUAUCUUUAUUUCGAGAAUUAUUGGAACGAAAGCUCUCAAACGUGUAACGGAAGUAAACAAAAUGGAAGAGGAUUUGCUGUCAAAACUGGAAAAAGAUGAUAUGUUCAGGCAGUUUUUGGAGGAGAGUUUUGAUGUUAAAGCACACGCAAACCAGGCAAUACAGCGGCGUGCCAUCACUGAUCAACUCUCCAAACUUGCUGAAGGUAUCGGUUUACUUGACAAGGAAAUCCACUCACAGAUUGUUGCCCAUCAUGAAGAUUUGUUGUCCCAGGCCACUGGAGUAGAGACUUUAGAAGGUGUUCUUCAAAUGAUGCAGACCAGAAUACAGUCAUUGCUGUCUGCCAUGGACAGGAUCAGAAGUAAAGUAACAGAACCUUAUACCAAGAUUUUUACAAGGACUGUCCAACUUAGAAAUCUUCAGGAAGCAUGUGAUUUGUUACGGCGGAUUAUUCGAAUCAUUUACCUGAGUAAACGUUUACAGAGCCAGUUACAAGGUGGAGCAAGGGAGAUAACUAAAGCUGCACAAAGUUUAAAUGAACUAGAUUAUAUAUGUGAAGGAGUUGACUUGACGGGGGUAGAGAUUAUAGAGCAGGAUAGGAGAUUUGUUAAACAAGCUCGACAACAGGUCGAAUCUCAGGCUCUCAAAAUGUUAGAACAAGGCAUGGAAACACAGAAUCAAGCCCAAGUAGCCACAUCUUUACAAGUGUUCCAUAAUCUAGGAUGUCUAAGGGAGAUUGUAGAUAAAGUAGUUAACUUGUGUAGAGAUAAUCUAGAAGCUGAUAUCAGAACUUGUCUAGAUGUCACCUCACUGUCUAAACAACAAACAGGCCCUCAAGGAAAAGCUGGACCAGGUAGGGCCUCCAUGCCUGUUACAGGUAACACUGCAGCUCUCAGAGCCACCCUGUGGACAAACAUGGAGAAACUCAUGGAUAGUAUUUACUCAUCUUGUGCACAGGUACAACAUUUACAAAAAGUUUUGAUCAAGAAAAGGGACCCAGUCACACAUGUGUGUUUUAUAGAGGAACUUAAGCAGCAAGAAGGCAGUGUACAGAUUAUGGCAGAUUUCUGGACUGAGAUAACCAAGAUGUUAAAAAACAAGCUCAAAUCUGCAUCAGAUUCAUCAUCCUUCCUUAAGCAAGCAUUUGAAGGGGAAUACCCUAAACUUCUACGUUUAUACAAUGAUUUAUGGAAACGUCUGCAGCAGUUCAGCCUCGCUGUGGAAACUGGGUCGUUGUCCCUGGCAACAGAUAGCAUGACAGCAGGGGAGAUAAUGGAGGAAGAUAUUUUUUCACAGAGCAGUAAGAGUGACAAGCAAAAUAGCUCAGAGAUGGCAUUACGGGAGACCCUGGCUAAUUUUGAGACAGCUUACCUGUCAAGGUCGUUGUCAAGGUUAUUUGAUCCAAUCAACUUGGCAUUUAGUACAGCAUCCUUCAAUCCACCAACAGUUGAGGAAAUUGACAGCAUUGUAAAAACUAUUUCAAGUGAAUUAAAUGUAGCAAGUGUAGACAUGAGGUUGUGUAUAACAGUCGCCAAGAAUGUAGCUAAAACAGUGAAGAUGUAUUGUGUAAAAAGUGAACAGUUGGUGUGUACAGAUGGCGAGGCUAGUCAGGUGAUAGGUCCCCCCACACAGGGACAGACUCGUAAUGCAGCUGUGGUCAACACCUUGUAUCAACUACAUCUGGCUGUGUCAAAUGUUGUGAACAGUUUAGAACAUUACCCAGAUGAAGCUAAAUCAAGUAUUACAGAAUCAUUACAGAAUAUAGUGAUGUUGAUGACGAGCUCUGUACGACCCCUCAUGUCGUCUAUAUGUGACGCUUUGGAGGCCAUUACACUCACCAUGCAUCAAGAAGAUUUCUCGGGACCAGCACCCGCGGAGACAGAGACAGAGGCUCCAUGUUCACUAUAUAUGAGAGAGUUACAAGGAUUUGUGGCAAGAUGUCAGUCAGACUACCUAUCACAGUUCACAUGCCAAGAUUUUAUCAUGGAAUGCAUUCAGCCUAUCUGCAGUAGAUGUAUAGAUCUAUUUGUGAGACACGCCUGUCUGAUACGCCCUCUAGGUGAAGGUGGAAAGUUACGGCUAGCUGCAGACUUUGCUCAAAUGGAACUUGCAAUCUCCCCAUUCUGUAAGAGAGUCUCUGAUCUUGGUAAACCAUACAGACUUCUUAGAUCUUUCAGACCACUAUUAUUCCAGACAGUUGAACAUAUUAGUGAAAGUCCAGCUCUAGGUGAAAUUAUACCUUAUAGUGUAUUAUUACACUUCAUGUUUGCACGAGCUCCUAUGGACAUAAAAUCACCACAUGUUACUGCAGAUUGGUCAUUAAGUCGUUAUUCCCAGUGGUUAGAUGAUCAUCCUUCUGAGAAAGAUAGGCUGACACUCAUUAAGGGGUCUUUGGAAGCUUACGUCCAGCAGGUGAGAUCCAGGCAAGGGAAGGAGUUUGCUUCAAUAUAUCCCAUCAUGCUCAAAGUUCUACAGACUGGUCUACAACAAUCAACUUGAGGGAUAGCAUUUAUUGGAAAAAUCAUUGAAACCAGUCAAUUGGUUGUAAAUUUUGAGGGAUUAUUAUAUUAGACUGUGAUAGUGCUAUUAAUU